UCGUCAACAUCAACACCAUCAUGUCUGUGCUUCUCGAGACGAGUGCCGGCGAUAUUGUGAUUGAUCUACUCGUGGAUCACGCACCCAAACUCUGCGAGAAUUUCCUCAAACUCUGCAAAACCAAGUACUAUAACUUUUCUCCCGUCCAUUCGGUCCAGAAGAACUUCUCCUUCCAGACUGGCGAUCCGCUCGGCCCUCUCUCGAAAGAAUCCGAUGGCGGCUCUUCAAUAUGGGGCAAUCUUGGGAGCGCGAAACGCACCUUUCCUGCCUUCUUCCACCCAAAGCUGAAGCAUGUCGAACGAGGAACAGUCAGCAUGGCUACGGUGCCUCUCGCAUCUGAUCCCGAGACGAGACUGGCCGGGUCACAAUUCAUCAUCACGCUAGGUGAGGAGACGGAUUAUCUGGAUGGCAAGGCUGCCAUUUUCGGCAAGGUAGUUGAGGGCUUCGACGCGCUGGAGAAGAUCAACGAGGCUGUCGUCGACGACAAGGGCUAUCCGUUGAUCGACAUUCGUAUAAAGCACACGAUCAUCCUGGAUGACCCGUACCCUGAUCCAGAAGGACUCCGAGAGCCGAGCGCUAGUCCGCCGCCUACCGAAGAACAACUCAAGACUGUACGAAUCGCAGACGAAGCCGCGCUUCACGAGGACGACGGAGUCGACGAAGAGGAGCUGGAGAGGCGGCGCGGGGAGCGAGAGGCCAAGGCACAGGCACUGACCUUGGAGUUAAUGGGUGACCUGCCAUUCGCCGAGGUCAAGCCACCAGAGAACGUGCUUUUCGUGUGCAAGCUCAAUCCAGUCACGGCAGACGAGGACCUGGAGCUGAUUUUUGGCCGCUUCGGCAAAAUCCUGAGUUGCGAAGUCAUCCGCGACGCCAAGACGGGCGACAGUCUGCAAUAUGCAUUCAUUGAGUAUGAGUCGAAGGAGUCUUGCGAAGCAGCAUACUCGAAGAUGGAGGGCGUGCUGAUUGAUGACCGGCGCAUACACGUCGACUUUUCCCAGAGUGUCAGCAAACUCAGCGACUCCUGGCGCAGCGACGCAAACGACAAGCGCCGCAAGCAUGCGCGUGGCGGUUGGGGUGGCGUCCGGGACCUCGAGAAGAGGCGCCAGUACCGAGCGGAGGAUGACCGCAGACAAGGGAAGGACUACGGCAUGGUGCACGCUGAGGACGAGAUGAGGGGCCGUCACGCAAAGCCCAGCCGUGACAAGUCUGGCCGGGACCGCAAUGGUGACGGGCGAGACUACCGGCGUCGGGAGCGGAGCCGCAGUCCACGGCCCAGGUAUGGCAGCCGGGAUCGCGACAGUCGUCGUGAUGAGAGACGCAGGCACAGAAGUCGAGAUCGCGAUGAUCGACGCGAUAGAUACAGGAGAUGAUGAAAGGCGGGAGCCAGAGAAUUCCAAUGAUACCCCUUUGCAUAACUGACUUUGCUCAACUACACUUUGCAAGUUUCCUGGACUCUAAUAAGCACGUACGCCGCUGACACGAAACAAAUGUGACCUAAGUACGUAGUCUUAACAGUCGAGUAAUCGUGACUGAUCACUGUGCUAUCGCAACAUAAAGUUCGCCGCCACGAUCCACCCUUGUCUUCCCCAGAAUCAGUAGCAGCGCCCAUUGCAUUUCUUGGCAAUGCUUGUCGCUCUGCCAAGACCGGCGAUCCCCCCCCCCCGGCGCCAAUGGGCUCCAAGCGCGGUUUAGGCGAGAUCAGCGCUCAAGACCACCGCCCGUAGUCGUUUCGCUGCAUCAGAAGUGUCAUUCUGAAUGUCACCAGAGGUGCUUAGAGUUUGCCUACGUGCGCAACCUAUCGGAGAUGUUGGAGUUGUGGUCACAGUUGAUGGAGGGUUGGAGGGUGAGA